AUUUAUCCGUUUUUUUUUUCAAGAAGUUUGGAAGCUUUAUAGAAGAAGUAUUUUAAUGUGCUUGCGGUCGGAAUUCGCGAGAAAUUCUUGAAGACGUGUUCUGACCUGCGUGGUUCAAAAAUGCAUCGAAGGACCGACCGUAAUCGAAUUCGGGAUGAAGAAGAAAUAGUGUUUGUCCCGGAAGCCGUCGUUGGACUGGUAAUCGGUCGUAAAGGUACUCGGAUUAGUGCCCUGAAAUGCGAGACGAAUUGUCGGAUCUGUGUGGACACGGACCACCCAAAUGAAAUCGGAGAAAUACCCAUUUAUGUGCGAGGAAGUGCAGAGAAUCGAGCUAAAGCCAUUGCUGAAGUCAAGAUAAUUGCUGGGAUUUCUGAAAAAGAUCCCAGGAAGGAUAACUUGCGCGGGAAUCAACAAAUAUCCUCCCCGGAAGACGACUACGAUUCGACGAAUCCGAUGGUUGAAAAUCUGUCGCGAAAGGAAAUGAAAGUUUUGAAGAACUUUUAUGAGGAAACUGAAUCAGUCAGCGAUCAAUCACCGGAAGUGGCUCGUGACUUCCGCGCCGCCAACGGAAAUAUUCGCGUGUACGAUUCCUACGGUCAGUAUGCGGUAGCGAUACCAAAUCCCGUGGAAACGUUUGAAGAUGCCCUCGGGCCGUUUCCGGAGUUGUUGGAGAAAAUGGUGGAUGACUUUGUUAGUCCGUUGCCGAUUCAAUCUCAAAUCUUGCCGAUUUUGUUAUCCGGAAAAGACUUGCUGGUCGUCGGAAACCGCGGUAUUGGAAAGACUACUGCCGUUCUACUUUCCGUUUUGGUGCAUGUUGGCGGUCAGAAGAAGGAACAUGGAGAAAUACCUUCUCCAACCGCGGUUAUUUUCACUCCUACGCGAGAAUCGGCUUUUGAAAUAGAAUCUCAGUUGAAAACGCUUCCGUGCAAGAGAAUCAAGAGCUGUGUUGUAGACGAAGACUCGACUGCUGAUGAUCUAAAGCAUAUCCACAUCUUGAUCUCGACGCCGAACAAUAUUCGUCAGCUGAUUUUCAAGAGGCCCGGCCAGAACUUGAUAGUGUCGGACGUUUCCUAUCUCGUUUUUCAUGAAGUGGAAACGAUGCUUGAGAAGGGGUUCGAAAAGAACAUUUCGGAUACAUUUGCGAAUGUUCGAACUGAUAAACAAGUGGUUAUGACGAGUGACACAUGGCCUCAAGAUGUCGACGGAUUGGCCAGGAGUUUUUUCCAGGAGGCGUUAUUGGUUAGAGUCAGGACUGUGAAUGAAGACGUGUACUACCAGGUGCAGCACAGAUUCCAGUUUAUUCGAGCAGACCGACGUCUUCCAUUUCUGAAGAAGUUUCUUGACGACUUUGCUGAAGACGACAGGAAAAUUCUGGUUUUCUUCAAUAGUUCAACUGCGCUUGAUGCAGUUGCAUCCGCACUGAGGCGUGAUGGAAUGUCAGUGGAAACAUACCACGCAGACAUUCCGAGGAAAGAGCGUGAGAUUUCCUUGAAAGCGUUUAUGAAUGGAUACGUGCGUGUUUUGCUUGCUUGUGACCCCGCAACGAAAUUUGCUCAAAUCGAAGACAUAACCCAUGUGGUAAACUUUGAUUUCACUGAGGAAAUUGAGGACUAUGUGGAUCGUGUUGAAAGAACAGCGUUUGAUGGACGCGUCGGGUUUGCCUACUCAUUUCUGACGGAACCUGAUGUACGUCACGCUCAAGGUAUUAUCGAAUUGCUCGAAAUUGCCGGCCAAUAUGUUCCGUUGGAGCUGCAGGAAAUGGCGGAGAUUUACGCGAGAGGACAGCGAAUUGGGGGAACUAAUGAUAAUAUCCUCUUGUGCAACGCCGUUUUCCGUCAAUAUCCUUUGGAAAAUGACGGAGAUUCGUAGUUGAGCUUUUUGACAGACAGGUGAAUCGUCCGGAUUUAAUUCUGCUUUGUUUCGUUUGCGAUCUCCGCACUGAUGACAUGUUGCAUUUGACGGUUACGAGUCGUACGGUGGUGUGAUUUUUUGUAUGUCAAGAAUCAUCAUUCGGUGCCGGGAGAACGUGAUGCUAAUUUUUUUGAACGCGAUGAAUUGUUUGCUACCCGUGUUCUUUGUUUUUUCGAAUUCGUUUCGUUGUAGGUGCACGGUUUUUCGGGAUAAGCUCAUGGAGCGCCUUUACAGGCUUCGAGGUUUCAAUGCAACUGGCCUUGAACAUUUGUUUUGGGGUCAGUGUAAUAAUACUUUUAUUAUAUUCUACUUUCAGAAAUGAUUCAUUCUUCAACAAAUCAAGCUUCCAAUAUAUAGAUUAAACUUAAGAAAGUUAGCUCGUGUUAAGUUUUUAUCUCACCAACAGUUUCGCGUACCACGUGGCUGGGCCGGUCACCGCGUACCCUUGCGGUUCACAGGAUUUUUUUUCUCCUCCUUUUGAUUCUUGAAAACCAAAAUUUAGCUUGUCAAAGAUUUAAAUGUGAACUCCUGUUUCAUGACUGGAGUUGAAACUAAUUGAAAUUUGGGAUAGAGUGAAUGAAAAUUUGAGCAUUUCAGGUUAAUUAUAAAGUAAACAUGAAUUAAAUAAUGUCUUCUCAAUUUGGGUGGACAAUUUUGUUGUACUGUAGUUGGAGAUGAAGACCUUUAUUCAUGAAGCGUUCAGAACAGAUGGUAAGAGGGGCCAGUUUUGAAGUCUCAGAAGUUUCUGAUUGAAACUUCAAAAAGAAAAUGGUUGGAGAAAUGGGGGAAUAAAAGCGAGCUUCCGAGAGGUUAAUUUUUCCUCUAUUUAUGUGGAAAAUGCUUUUGUUGGGGGG